AUGGCCAUGGCCGUGUGAUCAAGAGCAGCAGAGGCGUUCACUCAUUUUUAAAAUAUAUCUUUUGAUAGAUUUUCACUUGUCUAAGUUGCAGACAUGACAUAGAAUAUCCAAUUGUCAUAUUGGAUACUUUAAGAUCUGUCAAAAUGUCACAGAUGAACAGUUUGGUCGGUGGUUUAAAGAGCCGACAUGACGAUGUUCGCACCAGGGCAGCGAAAAACCUUCAGCACUACGUGAGCACCGAGCUGCGGGAAGUUUCGGCGGACGAGCGCACCUCGUUUAUGGACGAGCUGAACCACCACAUCUUUGAGUUGGUAUCCAGUCAGGACGUGAGCGAGAAGAAAGGUGGAAUUUUAGCGAUUGUGAGUCUCAUUGGCAUAGAUGGUGACAAUGCCACAAGAAUCACUCGUUUUGCCAACUACCUGCGGAACCUCCUCCCUUCCAAUGAUGUCGUUGUCAUGGAGAUGGCAGCCAAGGCCAUUGGUCAUUUGGCUCUGGCCGGAGGGACAUUCACACCAGAGUAUGUGGACUUUGAGGUGAAGAGAGCCCUCGAGUGGCUUGGAGGAGACAGGCAAGAGGGCCGCAGACACGCUGCUGUGCUGGUCUUGCGUGAACUAGCAGAAAACACUCCAACGUUCUUCUUCCAACAAGUGCAAUCAUUCUUUGACAACAUCUUCAAUGCUAUCAGAGACCCUAAGCAAGCAAUCCGGGAAGCAGCAGUCUCAGCAUUGAGAGCCUGUCUUGAGUUAACGGCUCAACGUGAGACCAAAGAAAUGCAGAAACCCCAGUGGUAUAAGCAAACCUAUGAGGAAGCCGAGAAGGGCUUUGAAGAGACGGGGAAAGGAGAGAAGGGUUUGAACCGAGAUGACAGAGCCCAUGGAGCAUUACUCAUCAUCAAUGAACUCAUCAGAACUAGUAGCAGAGAAGGCGAGCGUCUUCGUCAGGAAAUGGAGGAGGUAUCGCAACAGCAGACACAGCAUGAGCAUAGCUUUAGGGACCUCGGAUCAUCCAGCAACAAAGCUAAAUCACCCACAGGCCCCCAGCUAGGACACAACCAGUACGUUCAGCGAGCCCUAGCCAGUCCACUCUCUCUGGUUGCCACCGGUAUCCAACCCAAACCACGCAUCACAGAGAGUCGCUACUGUCUGGAACUCAUGCAGGAAAAUUUCGACAUUGUUUGUCAGCAAGUGUUGAAGUUUUGUGGGAGUCGCAAUCCUCUGAUCCAGCAGAUUCUCCUCAACCUCCUACCCAGGCUGGCUGCAUUUGAGCCAAAGAUGUUUGUUACUUCGUACCUUGAAGAUACAGUCAAAUACAUGCUUAUCUCUCUCAGAAGGGAGAGAGAACGCUCCAAUGCAUUCCAAGCCGUUGGUCUUCUAGCAGUGGCUGUCAAAGGAAACAUCACGGAGCACUUGGGCAAGAUCUUAGAGAUUGUCCGCUCAUCCUUGCCUCAUAAGGACAUCCCGCACAGGAAACACAAGAGCAUCAUUGUGGAUCCAGCGGUCUUCACCUGUAUCAGCAUGUUAGCCAGAGCAGUAGGACCGGUCAUUGCCAGAGAUGUCAAGGAACUAUUGGAACCCAUGCUGGCUGUUGGUCUGAGCCCGGCCUUGACUGCAGCCCUUCACGACCUUGCCAAGCAGAUUCCCCAGCUCAAGAAGGAUAUCCAAGAUGGCCUCCUCAAGAUGCUGUCCCUGGUCCUCAUGCACAAACCCCUGCGCCAUCCCGGGACACCGAGGGCGCUGCUCUCUCCUACUGGCCAGACAGGUACAGCAUUGUCAUCCAUUGACUCCGGUGACCUCACCAGCACAGUGCUUGCCCUCAGGACCUUGGGUAACUUUGACUUUGAAGGUCACUCCCUCACCCAGUUUGUGCGUCAUUGCGCCGACCACUUCUUGUCCAGUGAGCACAAGGAGAUCCGCAUUGAGGCGGCUAGAACCUGUUCCAGCCUGCUCCAACCGGCUGUCAAUCUUCGGAGUGCCCCACACCCAGUCAGUGCAACUAACACCCAGGUCGUAGCGGAGGUUCUCUCUAAACUCUUGAUUGUAGCCAUUACAGACUCAGACCCUGACAUUCGGUACUGCGUCCUUGCAUCUCUCGACGAGCGCUUUGACGGCCACCUUGCCCAGGCCGAGAACCUUGGCGCCCUCUUCCUCUCACUGAAUGAUGAGAUCUUUGAGAUCAGAGAGCUGGCCAUGUGUACCAUUGGUCGUCUCAGCAACCUUAACCCUGCGUACGUCAUGCCGUCUCUAAGGAAGACACUCAUACAGAUCUUGACUGAACUAGAGCACAGUGGUGUUGGACGAAACAAAGAACAGAGUGCCAGAAUGCUGGCUCAUCUAGUCUCCAAUGCACCAAGACUCAUCAGACCUUACAUGGAACCCAUUCUAAAGGCACUUGUACCGAAGCUGAAGGAAGCAGACCCCAACCCUAGUGUUGUAAUCAAUGUGCUAGCAGCCAUAGGAGAGCAAGCUCAAGUGAGUGGUAUCGAGAUGAAGAAAUGGAUGGACGAGCUUUGUCCCAUCAUGUUAGAUAUGUUACAGGACAGUGCUCUAUUACGCAAGAGAGAGGUUGCACUAUGGACCCUAGGACAGUUGGUAGAGAGCACAGGUUAUGUGGUAGAGCCUUACAACAAGUAUCCCAAUCUUCUGGAUGUCCUACUCAACUUCCUCAAGACAGAGCAGUCUCCCACUCUAAGAAGAGAGACCAUCCGUGUGCUAGGCUUGCUGGGAGCCCUGGAUCCAUACAAACACAAGAUCAACCAAGGAGUCAUUGAUACCACAGGAGACGGGGGAGCCACUCAGAGCAUGUCAGAUGCUAAAUCCAAAGAAGAAGCUGGUGAGUCUACUGCUAGCGAGAUGCUGGUCAACAUGGGCAGCGCAUCUCUGGAGGAAUUCUACCCUGCCGUCGCCAUAGCAACACUGAUGCGGAUCAUGCGGGACGGCUCCCUGGCCAACCACCACACGGGUGUGGUUCAGGCCAUCACGUUCAUCUUCAAGAGCCUGGGCGUCAAGUGCGUCCAGUUCCUUCCUCAGAUCAUGCCUACUUACAUCAACGUGAUACGCACCUGCGAUAACAACACACGAGAGUUCCUGUUCCAGCAGCUGGGCAUCAUGAUCUCCAUUGUGAAGCAGCACAUCAGAAACUUCUUAGAUGACAUCUUUGACCUUAUUAGGGAAUUUUGGACAGUGAACAGUCCUCUUCAGAACACCAUCAUCCUGCUGGUGGAGCAGACAGUAGUGGCUCUAGGAGGAGAGUUCAAGCUUUACCUACCCUGCAUCGUCCCUCAGAUGCUCAAGGUCUUCAUGCAUGAUAACAGCCAGGGAAGGGUCGUUACUACCAAGCUCCUGAACGCGAUGCAGAAGUUUGGAGCCAAUCUGGACGACUACCUUCACCUUCUUCUCCCCCCUGUCGUGAAGCUCUUUGACUCUCAGGAGGUCCCAGUUUCUGUCAGAAGAACUUCACUAGAGACCAUUGACCAUCUCAGUGACAAGCUGGACUUCAUGGAGUUUGCCUCCCGCAUCGUCCACCCCUUGGUCCGCACCCUGGACACCACGCCUGACCUUCGACCCGUUGCCAUGGACACGCUGUCCUCCGUGGUCCUGCAGCUCGGCAAGAAGUUCCAGAUCUUCAUCCCGAUGGUGAACAAGGUCCUGGUCAAGCACAGGAUCAACCACCAGAAGUAUGAGACGCUGGUCCUCAAGAUCCUCAAGGGUACGACCAUAGCAGAGGAUGAACUCCUUUUGAUGAGAGCACGGAGCAAGAAAAUGAGCUCGAAGGAGGAUAGCUCCGCCAUGGAACCAAUUACUGUUAAGAAGCUCCCCGUCAGUACCAGAAACCUGCAGAAGGCAUGGGCUGUAACUAGGCGUGUCUCCCGUGAUGAUUGGAUGGAAUGGCUACGUCGUCUUAGCAUUGAGCUUCUGAAGGAGUCACCGUCUCAUGCUUUAAGGUCAUGCUGGGCUCUGGCACAGACCUACAACCCCCUAGCAAGAGAGUUGUUCAAUGCAGCCUUUGUGUCGUGCUGGUCUGAACUGACUGAGCAGGACCAGGACAGUCUGAUCCAGAGUCUCCAGAAGGCUUUAACCUCUCAGGACAUUCCGGAGAUAGUCCAGAUUCUACUCAACCUGGCAGAAUUCAUGGAACACUCGGACAAGGGUCCCUUACCUCUGAACACAGUGCUGCUAGGUGAGAGGGCAUCCAAGUGCAGAGCCUAUGCCAAGGCCUUGCAUUACAAGGAGGAAGAGUUCCACCGAGGACCAAACACAGAGAUCCUUGAAGCUCUCAUCAGUAUUAACAACAAGCUACACCAAUCUGAAGCAGCUACAGGGGUGCUACAGUAUGCCAUGAAGAACUACAGAGCUGAACUGCAAAUCCAAGAGACAUGGUAUGAGAAGCUCCAUGAUUGGGACAACGCCCUGACGGCCUACGAGAAGAAACAGGACCAGUCUCCCGAUGAGUUUGAUCUGACCCUAGGUCGGAUGAGAUGCUUGGAGGCUCUGGGAGAAUGGGGUCAACUGCACAACGUUGCCUGUGACCGAUGGCCCCUGGUGCCUGAUGAAGGUCGUCAGCGCAUGGCCCGUAUGGCUGCUGCAGCGGCCUGGGGACUGGGUGAUUGGGACAGUAUGGAGGAAUACACAUGCAUCAUACCAAGGGACACCUACGAUGGAGCCUUCUAUAGGGCUGUCCUGGCUGUUCAUCAGGACCACUUUGGCCAGGCCCAGCAGUGCAUUGACAAGGCCAGGGAUAUCCUUGACACCGAGCUGACGGCCAUGGCUGGAGAGAGUUACGACAGAGCGUACGGAGCCAUGGUGUCCGUGCAGAUGCUUUCGGAGCUGGAGGAAAUCAUCCAGUACAAGCUGGUCCCUGAGAGGCAGGAUAUCAUUAAGGAGAUGUGGUGGGACCGUCUACAGGGAUGUCAGAGAAAUGUUGAGGAUUGGCAGAAGAUAAUCCAGGUGCGCUCCCUUGUGAUCUCUCCUCAUGAGGACCUACGGACAUGGCUCAAGUAUGCCAGUCUGUGUAGGAAGAGUGGCAGGAUGGUGCUGUCUCACAAGGUACUGGUGAAUCUACUUGGAGCUGAUCCGUCUCUCCAGGAAGCCACCCUCGAGUCCCUUGCCCCCCUCAUCAAGGAUCCAAGGGUCAUCUUUGCUUACAUCAAACACAUGUGGAAGGAUGGAAUCAGGCCUUUAGCCCUCUCUCAGCUGCACCAGUUUGUACAGACAACUCUCACCCAGCAUCCAAUGCUAACCCUACCCAAUGGAGAAGAGAACCCAGACCUACACAAACUCCUUGGAAGAUGCUACCUGAAGCUAGGUGAAUGGCAGCAGAGCUUGGAAGGUCUGAACCAACACACGGUAGAGCAGAUCCUGGGCUACUUCAGGCAGGCUACGGAACACGACAGAGACUGGUAUAAGGCAUGGCAUUCCUGGGCCUUCAUGAACUACGAGUCUGUCCUCUACUAUAAGCAGCAGAGUGUACAAGCUACCACCACCACCCCCACCACCACUACCACGCCCUCCACACCGACCACACCCGCCGACGCCACCACAGCCUCCUCACCCGUAACCGAUCAGGGGCUCCCUUCCCCAUCCCCCGCUACACCGGUCUCCCCGGGCGUCGUUGGCACCUGCCAGGCGGGUGACGUGGGCGGGGAAGGGGAGGGUCCGAGCACCCCUGGGUUGGGAGCGGGUGAAGGGGACAUCAUUGGGGCAGAAGCAACCACGCCUUCCUCCACCUCCCCCUCCUCCCAGCAGCCACAGAGCGACUAUGUCCAGAAGUACGCGGUUCCAGCGGUGCACGGUUUCGUGCGGUCAAUCUCCCUGUCCAGCGAUAACUCCCUCCAGGACACCCUGAGGCUGCUGACCCUGUGGUUUGAUUACGGCCAGUGGACAGAGGUCUAUGAGGCGCUGACCGAAGGGAUCAAGACCCUACAGAUCGACACAUGGUUACAGAUCUGCGUAAUUGACUUUGUGAAAUGA